GUUUCUUUUUCUUUAGAAAAUUGAUUAAAGUUCUUGGUUAGUCUUAUAAAACUACAUAUAAGUUAAGAGGUGUUGUAGAAAAUAAUUUUUUUGAUAUUAUUCAAAUUUGAAUUCUAGCGGAAUAUUAUUUGAAGGCUUUGCGGAAAGAUAUUAUAGCUUUGGCGUUCAGGUGUAGAAGAAUUUGAUAUCUCCAAAAAAAUAAAAUUUUCAAUUAAGGGCAGCUUUGAUGUGGACAAUCAGUGACUUUCCAGCACAUUCUAUGUUAUCAGGAUGGAGUACUGCAGGUAAGUUUGUUUGUCCUUAUUGUAUGGAGGAAACACAAUCCUUUAGAUUACAACAUGAUCGGAAAACAUCAUAGUUUGACUGUCAUAGAAUGUUUCUUGACCAAUAUCAUCCAUUUAGGAGAGAUCGUAAAAUUUUUCAUAAAGGUCGAACUGUCAAAAGAUCACCACCACCCUACAGAACCGGAGAAGAGUUAUUGAAUCAAAUUUGUGAUUUGGAGAUAAGAAAAGUAACAGAGUUAGAUACAGAAGAAGUUAAUCAACGAAUAUGUAGUUCUAGUGAAUGAAAAAAGCGAAGCAUCUUUUGGGAUUUACCUUAUUGGAGUUCUAACAUGAUUCGACAUAACCUCGAUGUCAUGCAUAUUGAGAAAAACUUCUUUGAUAAUGUAUUUAAUACGGUCCUCAAUAUUGAUAAAAAAAACCAAAGACAAUCCAUAAGCUCGUCUAGAUAUGGUCAAUUACUGUGAUCGACCUCAAUUGGCAAAGGAUGCUUCUGGAAAAUAUCCCAAAGCUGUAUAUACAAUAGACAAGGAAGCAAACACAAUCUUGUUUAAUUGGGUGAAAGGUUUAAAAUUUCCAGAUGGGUAUGUUUCAAAUUUGGGUAGAUGCCCAGACACAUCUGCGAAAAGGUUAUUUGGCACGAAGAGUCAUGAUUGUCAUAUGUUCAUGCAACGAUUGAUGCCUAUUGCUUUUCGUGAACUACUUUCAAAUAAUGUAUGGCAGGCACUUACAGAAUUGAGCUUAUUCUUUAAAGAUCUUACAUCGACUACUCCCCGAGUAGAUGAAAUGGAGAGAUUACAGGGAGAUAUUUCACAAAUCUUGUGCAAGUUAGAAUGUAUUUUUCCUCCUGGGUUCUUUGACUCAAUAGAACAUCUGUCUGUGCACCUUCCAUAUGAAGUAAAGAUUUCUGGACUUGUACAAUAUCGAUGGAUGUAUCCUUUUGAAAAGUAAUGCAAAAAUUCAAGUUUAACUUGUGAGAAUAAUGUUGUUAUAUACUUUUCAAAUAUGAUGGUUUAUCCAUUUUUCUAUUUAGGUAUCUUGGAAGUCUUAAAAGAAUGAUUGGGAAUAAAGCAAGUGUUGAGGAUUCUAUAUGUGAAGCUUACUUGAUGACAGAGUCAACACUAUUAUUUUAUCAUUAUUUUGAAUCAUAUGUCAUGACACGCAAUCAUAAUGUGGAUCGAAAUGAUGAUGGUGGUAUUGUGGAAGAAGUUGAAGAAAAUUUAUCAAUAUUCACCCAUCCCGGACGAUUAUGGGGAGAAUAAAAAAAGUGAAAUCUAACUCUUUAGUAAAUCAACACUGCCCAAACUUACAUUUUUCUAAACUGUGAAGAGGUUGAGCCAUAUGUGAGGUAACAAAGUUAGUUGUAUCAACUUAAUUUUAUAAGCAUAUUCAUAAAUCAUGACUUGAAAUUAAAAUCUUUUUUCUUUAAAUGAAGUAUGUUUGUGAAACGUUUGCAAGAAGAAUUUCCAAAUAUCUCUCAGGAUCAAAUAAAUGAGAGCCUUGAAGAAAAUUUCUCUAUAUGGUUCAAGAAAUAUGUAAGGCUUCAAAAAUUAAGAUCUUUUAUACAAUUAUGCACUUAAAUUAACUUAUGAAAUUGAACUAAAUUUUAUAAUCUUCUAAAUAGGUCCGGCUCAAUCAUAUUGAGAAUGAAUUUCUAUGUAGUCUUGCUCGUGGACCAUUGAUAGGCGCUACAUGUCAUUCGGUGUAUUUUGUUAAUGGAUACAAGUUUCAUACGAAUUUUCAUGGUAGCGCAAGAUCAAUAAUGAACAGUGGAGUUUGUAUUUCAGAUCCAACUUUUGGUAAUUUCUACGGGCGGAUAAAAGAGAUUAUAGAAGUGGAAUACCGCAAAACACCUUUAAACAAACUGUACUAUUCAAAUGUGAAUGGUUUGACCCAACUAUGGAUGUUGGUGCAUAAUCAGUAUAAAUUGGUUGAUAUUAACCAUCAUCGCCGAUAUAAAAAAUAUGAACCUUUUAUUCUGGCAAUACAAGCAUAUCAAGUGUAUUAUGUGUCUUAUCCUAGCAAGAAAAAGGACAAGGAUGAUUGGGUAGCUGUAUUGAAGAUCAAACCUCGAAAUGUUGUUGAAUUACCCGAUGAGGAAAUUGAGACAGCUACAGAACUAAAUAUUUCAUUUCAAGUUGAAGAAGUUCAAGUCUACGAGAUAGACAUGAAUGUUGCCACAGAUGAAAGCAUACACUUACAUGAUGCAAAUGUUGGCUUAAUUGAAAUGGAUGAAGUCACUGAUGAUGGUUUAUUACAAGAACAUCAUGACAACCAAGAGGAUGCUACAGAAGAAGAGUAUGAAACUGAGGAAACUGAGGAAGAUGAAGAGAAAGAUUUGGAAGAAGACACAGAUAGCAAUUAGUGCUUGAUAAAAAAUAUGCUAUUGUAUCUUAUUUUUAUUUUGUGAGCAGCCAUUUUGUCGAACUAGUAUCAUUUUCUUUGUCUUGUUGUUUACACAAAACUUGUUGCUUCAACUGGUUUUAUGCUCUACUUCUCAAUUUUUGACUCUUUCAUUUCUCAUUCAUUUUUUUAGGCUACAACUAUGCUUUUACAUUUUCUAAUACCUUAUCUAUAUAUUGUUGUUUGCUUCUCUUGGUAUUAUUAAGUUUGCAUA